AGUAUUACUCGAGUUAAAACUUACUACUACUCUGUUGUUUACAGCACUUGUAUAGUGGUAAAUCAACGGUUAGGAGCACCUGACUGGUUGAUUGCUUGGGGGAUAAAUAUCACUCCACUGUUUCUGGGGGCACGAUUUUGAGUUCGUAUCAAAGACGACUUUACAGAAAGUUAAUACAGUAAACCAUGUCGCUUGCAAUUACGCUCCAAUCGCAACUUCCAUCCAUUUUCAGGACUUCACCCUGCAUUAGAGCCUCGGCAGCUGAGUCACGUUCGACGGAUGUUUCUCUAGCGCUCCCCACAUCUCCUUUGGGUCGUGCUCUUCGGUUCUCGAACAUUCCCACUGGCUCAAUUGCUACCGGAAACCGGGCCGGACGAUUAAGAUCCAUUCGUUGUCUAUCUGCUCUGAAUCCUAAUUUGAAGGAUACGCUGGAUAAGGUUGUCACAUCACAAAAAAUUGUGCUGUUCAUGAAGGGUACCAAGGACUUUCCACAAUGCGGAUUCUCAAAUACAGUGGUUCAGAUAUUAAAAUCGCUAAAUGCACCCUUUGAGACAAUAAAUAUCCUUGAAAAUGAAGCACUUCGUCAAGGAUUAAAGGAGUAUUCUAGUUGGCCAACCUUUCCACAACUCUACAUUGAUGGGGAGUUCUUUGGUGGCUGUGACAUCACUGUAGAGGCAUACAAGAGCGGAGAGUUGCAAGAAUUGCUAGAAAGGACGUUGUGCUCCUGAUGGAUUCAGAUGUGAUAAACCCAUUCUUGAAUAGUUAUGGACUAUCAGGUGUAUGUUAUUCUUACUGCAGAUGAUAAGAAUAUACUCUAUGUUUGUUUCCUUGUCAAGGACUGGACUUUAUGACAUGAAUACAUUCUGGAAAAUACGGUUUUCAAUUGCAUCCAUUAAGUAUAUCAUUGCAGAGUGCUUGA